GGGACCUGUGGGGGCAUGGCCAAUGCUCGGGGAGAUCCCGCGUCCGGGCGGGCCGUCAGGAGCGCGGCCGUGGGGGGCGGAGCUUCGAGGCGCAGGGCCGGACGCCGUGAGUGCGGACGUUAGGGGCGGGGCUUCGGGAGGAGCGACGGGAGUGCCGGGUGUCGGGGGCGGGGCGUCAGGAUGGAGUGACGGGAGCGCGGGCGUCGGGAGCGCGCGAUCCUGGUGAGUCGCCGCCGAGCGCCCCGAAGUGGCAGACCUGGGGGUCCGGUUCUGUGAGCAGAGCCAUGGAGCAAGAGGGGGACGCCGGCCCAGAGGUGCAGAACCUGAGGAUUCCAGUGAGGAAUCAGCCUUAAAAUUCCCAGUUAUGGCCACUUCAGGACAAGGAGAAAGGGUCCUUUUAACAUCUGCCCCGCAGCAACUCCUUGAAGCCUGCUGCAUGUGGGGGUGGUGUGUGGGGCCUGUUUUCCCCUUGUCAGGGCUGAGGCCCUCCCUCCUCUUCCCCAAGGUCACUCUUGUGAGUUCCUGCUUCCCCUUAGGAAGUCUGCUUGCUUUGUCUUAGGGCCUUUUACCCGUGGAACAUAUAUAGCCACAUUACAAGGGCCUUUAUCUCUAAACCAGAAAUGUAGAUGCAUUAAAACAACCGUGAAAAGCUGGAAAGUCUGAGAUGCCUAACCACAAGAGACUGUAUAAAUAGGCCUGGGGCGACCCUGUGACCCUUCCUGUGGACAGCCCUGGCUGCCCCCCAGGGGGUGGCUGAGCUCGGAGAGACACACUUAGGAGGAGGGUGCUCAUCUGCUGCCUGGUGGAUGUCGUCUUUAGCCAAGCACGCAGUCUGGGCCGGGGGGCCUGGACGCCUCACUGUGAAGCAGAAGCUCCCACUGCUUCCAUCUGCCUCCUGAGCUGAGUUCAAAGGGUUGAGCUUUCUGAAUCACUUCCUUAUUCUGUCUCGAUGUGACAUUCUGCUUUUGAAAUGCUUUUCUGAGCGCAUUGAUUUCCUUGGGUUUUCUGGCAUCGAUGCUGUGUGUGAUCCUGGCUCUGAAGGAUCAGGCAAGCUGCUUUAGUCCUUGGCACUUGUGUAGAAACUUGAAAGGAUUAACAAGUCCCCCCACCACUCCCCCAAAGCCAUCCUGUUCCUGGCUGCUUGGAAGGAGGUAUGUGGGUACCGGGAGGAAUGGAGCGUAGCUACUUGUUUGGCUGGUUUCUUCAGCUUUGGGGGGAAUCUGCCAGCAUCCUGUGUAUGGGCGGCCCCAGCCGUCUGCCCACUCACCAUUCCACACUCACUGUUCUCUCUUUUUUAAAAUUAAUUAAUUUAUUUUUGGCUGCGUUGGGUCUUCAUUGCUGUGCCCGGGCUUUCUCUAGUUGCAGCGAGCAGGGGCUACUCUUCGUUGCGGUGCACGGGAUUCUCAUUGUGGUGGUUUCUCUUGUUGCGGAGCACAGGCUCUAGGCGUGCGGGCUUCAGUAGUUGUGGCAUGUGGGCUAAGUAGUUGUGACUCACAGGCUUCAGUAGUUGUGGCACACGGGCUUAGUAGUUGUGGCUCACGGGCUCUAGAGCGCAGGCUCAGUAGCUGUGGUGCACGGGCUUAGUCGCUCUGCAGCAUGUAGGAUCUUCCCGGACCAGGGCUCAAACCCGUGUCCCCUGCACUGGCAGGCAGGUUCUUAACCACUGCACCACCAGGGAAGUCCCUCACUGUUCUCUCUUACCUUCCUUUCUCUCUCCCUGGGGUCUGGGCUUCUGAAGCCCCUUGUUAACUCCCUCCCUGGGAGCCCUUCUCUGCUGUGAGCUGGUAUUUAAUGCUCUCAAAAUCCAGUUGGCUCCUUAGGGUUUCCCAGCACUGCUGCUGUGUGGGCUUCUGUCUGCCCCGAGGCCAGCAGCACGUGGUUCUAUUGGUGACGAGAGGGCACUGAGAGGUGGCCUUUGUACCCACUGUGGCCAGCCGGGCUUGCUCCUCUGGAUUUGCAUCCUGAGGAGCAGGAAAGCUGAGGAUUUCAGAUUCAGAUGCGUUAAUGAUGCCUGGAGCAUUUGUUGUCAACACAGCACAGCUGCUGGCCCUGCCCAGCCAUGCUGUGGGUGGCGCUGCACCAGAGCAAGUGGGCUCAGGGGACCUCAGCGUCCUGGAAGGUCGCUUCUUUCUGGAGGUCUCCAGGGCUGCUGACUUGUCCCUGACCCACAGCUCUGUUGUUACUCCCUGGGGAGCCAGGGCCGUGCCCAUCCUGGCCCUUCCCGACUGCAGACUUCCCCCCUAGGCGUGCUUCUACCUGGCCACCCUUCGGUCCUGGGGUCUGCAGCUGACGGAGCAGCGUUCCCAGUCCACCAGGCUCCCGACGCGCAGGCUCAGCGGCCAUGGCUCACAGGCCUAGCUGCUCCGCGGCAUGUGGGAUCUUCCCGGACCAGGGCACGAACCCGUGUCCCCUGCACCGGCAGGCGGACUCUCAACCACUGUGCCACCAGGGAAGCCCGAUGACCAUUUUUUGUGUAUAGAAGUGUUAACUGAUUCCGUGACCACACUCCCCCACGCGCUUGUGGGGAACACAGCUGCCCCCCGGCAGCAGGCGAGGAAGAGGACCAAGGUGCUGUCUUUGGCCAAGAGCAUCCUGCGUUUCAAGCAGGAAUACCCCACCCUGCAGCCAAAGGAGCCCCCGCCCUCCCUGCUGGAGGCCGACCUCACGGAGUUCGAUGUGAAGAAUUCUCACCUGCCGUCAGAAGUCUUGUACAUGCUGAAAAAUGUUCGGCCCUGCCCUGCUGCUGACCAGCGGCAACGGAAAACAGCGCCUUGUCUCUGCUGCUCUGGACAGGUACGCCGGCCUCCGUGUCGGAACAGCCUAGCCGAGCUUGGCUUGCUGCUCUCAGUGGGUCCCAGCCCGGCCUUGAAAUGUGCCCUGGCGUCUGCGCCUCUCUGUCUGUGCCUUCCAGUAUCCACGAGCACCAGCUGUCCAGCUGGCUGGGGCAGCAGGAGGACAUCCACCGGAUCGUGCUCUACCAGGUGCACAGCACGCUCACACCCUGGACCCAGCGCUGUAUCCGGCAGCCCGACUUCAUCCUUAUCGUGGGCCUGGGCGAGCUGGAGCGGGUGCUGGAGAGCGCGGCUGUGCGUGCCCAGAAGCGCCGGGAGGACGGGCCUGCGCCGGCCCGCACUGUGCAGCGGCUCAACCUGGGAGCUGCUGCUCCGGCCACCUGCACCCCUGCUGCCCUCGCCGCGUCUAACCAGGAGGAGCCUGCCCGAGCUGGUGAGGCCCGGGGCGGCUGAGGGCCCCGCCGACCUGCUUCGGGCCCUUUGCCUCUGACUCUGCUCUGAGCCCGCUGGCUCUGAUGAGGGCGCUGGCUCUCCACGAGCUCUCCCGCUCCUGUGCACUCACAUCUGCUUGAGCUUGGUCUUCGGAUUCCCGGGGCCACAGGGUGACAUGCCCCCCGGAUGGGGGAGCCCCUACAGGGGCCAGAACCCCAGAGCGAUGGGCCUGAGGUUCCCACGUCCAGCUGAGGCCUCAGAGAGCCCGGUGGCCUCAGGUUGGCACUGCUUCCUCCUUUGGACAGCAAAGCACACAAAUCCUGAGGCGCCUCCUCCUCAGGGGUCCCCAGCCCUGGCGGCUGCGCGCGGGCCGUGGUGGGAGCGCAGGGGCCGCCGGCUGGCCACAGCCCACCCAGCCCCACAGCUUGGUGGAGCCGCCCCGCCAGCGGCGUCUGCGCCCAGGUGGCCAAGCCCCGAGCGCCCUCCACCUCGGGGCUGUGGGCUUCGGCUGGGCCCGUCGGUAUGUGGCCCAGCUGCCCGCACUGCCCGCCCCACCCCAAGAGCCCUCCCAGGUGAGCCCGGGCGCCGAGGUGACAACUGGGUCGGGAUCAGACCCACCGGCCGUGUCCAGGAGGAGCUUUGGGUCAGGAGUGGGGUAGAACAGCCAGGCCACGUCGGGUGUGCGAACUCGGCCCGGCCCCCCGCGUCUGCCGGCCUCUCUCGCAGGUGGGGCCGUCGGAGCGGGUCUGCCAGAGGCCCCCGGACCGGCGCUCGGACUUCUCCGGCCUGGUGCGGGUGCUGACCAGCAACGCUGUCGCCUUGGUACCCGCGGGAGGGGAGCCAGGGCCUGACGGAGGAGCCUGGCUCGCCACCUGC